GUGUGCCUGUGGACUGAACGGUGUUUGUGUGUGUGAUAAUGGUGCAGGGAGAUGAUCCAGGACAGGCCCUAGGAAAUAAGGUGGACAUCUACAACUUUGGUAUUGUUCUAUGGGAGCUGAUAACAGGGAAGAUCCCCUCCGAGAACAUGUCAGCAGUGCAAGCAGCAUUCGCUGUGGUAAACCGUGGGGAAUGUCCGACAAUGCCCCGUAACUGCCUGGCAACCCUUGCGUGCAUAAUAACCCAGUGUUGGGAUGCAAACUCAAAUGCCCGCCCCCAUUUCUCUGUUGUAGUUCAGAUGCUUGAGGAAGCUCAAAAUGAGAUCUUCAAAAUGCAAGGCGAGCUCUCUUUCGAUGCGUAUCAUUCAACCUUAAACCAGUGACUGAUAUAAACUCUCUCUCAAGCUCCAUGGAGCUUGAUAUCAUUGUAUUUGAGAGCGCCAUUGAUGGUU